UCCAACACUGAUGACUGUGAAUCCAAACGUUCAAUGGUACGUUUACGACGAGAAGUUGAAGGCAUCAGUAAAGCUUCACAGUGUGCUCAAAUUGUACGGUUCUAUGGCUUGACUUUUCAUGAGGGUGACUGUGUGGUUUGCAUGGAACUCAUGGAUAUCUCCUUGAAGGAUUUAUAUGAAACUGUUCAUCAAAAAAUGAAAGAGGGUUUCGAUGAACGUUUGUUGGGACAUAUAGCUGUCGCUGUUUUAAAGGCGUUGGGCCACUUGAAGCACGAAAUAAAAAUUAUUCAUCGAGAUGUUAAGCCUUCAAACAUCCUAUUGGGACAGAAUGGUACUAUAAAAUUGUGUGAUUUUGGAAUUUCUGGUUACCUCAUCAAUUCCGUUGCUUUUACACGUGAUGCUGGUUGUCAACCUUACAUGGCACCGGAACGCCUCCUUCCGUCUGCAUCUUAUGAUGUACGGUCAGAUGUCUGGAGUCUUGGGAUAACUCUGAAGGAAGUGGCAGAUGGGAAGUUCCCCUAUCCUCAUUUUAAUGAGAAUGAACUGUUUUUCCAGCUUCAACAAGUUGUUUACGGCGAUGCACCUUUUUUAGGAUCAAACAGCGACUUCUGCAUGAUAUUCUUUCAUGGUUUUAGCCUAAUCAAAGAACUAGAAAGCCGGCCAGACUUCGACGCCUUAAUGCGAACUGAGUACUUUGAGUACUAUAACGGUUUGCCAGGUACUACGGAAUACGUCGCUAAUUACGUGAAAAGAGUGCUCGUUCAUGCAAAGGAAAAUAAUAACUAA